AUUUGUUAGCAAGAGGUGGAUUACAUUCCUUUGCAAGACCUUGUUAACACGAAUUAUUUUACUGAGUUUUUCAGUAUUGAAAGAUUGAAAAUGUCUGAGGGGGAGGUUAAGAAGAUCUCACGCCAAGAUAUACAACUGGUGCAAAAUCUGAUAGAAAGAUGUCUACAGCUUUACAUGAACCAGGAGGAAGUUGUCAGAACCCUCUUAGAUCAAGCAAAAAUUGAGCCUGGUUUCACUGAACUUGUGUGGCAGAAGCUUGAAGAAGAAAACCACGAGUUUUUCAGGGCAUAUCAUUUAAGGUUGAUGCUGAAGAAUCAAAUAGAGAGAUUCAAUGAUUUGCUUGAGAGACAGGUUGAGAGAAUGCAGAUGUUUCCAACUGGAUCAAUCCCCAUGUCUAAUGGAUCUCAGAUACGGCAAAUCCCACCAAACUCAACAUGUCAAGCAAGAGAUCAUGCUGGACCUAAUGUGAAGCCUGAGAAUGUGCACCAGACUGUUAAUGCCAAUUUAUCUCACGUAUACACUAAUGGUGCGUCCUCGCUCCAACCAUGUAUGCAAACUGCUAUUGAUGUCUCUGCUCAUGCAAGAAGAAAUGAUGCAUCCUCGAACAUGCUAUUGGCUCAGAGCUCAAAUAUGGGAAUGCAGCAAGGUGUGAGAGGGGGGAUGAUCAAGUCAGAAUCUGGUUAUUCAGGCAAUUUACCCUUCCUGUAUGGUACUGAGACAAAUAUCCUCGAAGCUCAUCCUGGAAUUACAGAUCCAUCUGUAUCAUCUUUCAGCAGUGUAGAAUCAGAUUCACAACCAGUAAAUGAGACUGUAUUGGAUGCUGAUACAUCUUCAUUUGGUUUCUUGGGGCAGAUUCCUCGAAACUUUAGUUUGUCAGACUUAACAGCGGACUUUUCUAACGGUUCUGAUAUUUUGGAUAGCUAUUCUGGAUCAGCCUUCCUGGCAACAGAUGUUAACAAUUUCUUGGAUCCACAAGGUAGGAGAGAACAUCAAGACACUAAAAGGUUGGAUGCUAUAUCUGAAGGCUUGAGCUUUGAAGAUUUUGCCAGUGAUUGAGUGAACAAUCAGAUGGUCUAAUGGCCCCUGGACUAAGAAGGUUUUGUAAAUAGGAUUGCGAAAGGAAGUGCUUUGACCCCCUUUUGAACGGCAUUAGUUGGACACUUUCAAGCUAAUCAUUAUGGCUGACAUGUCUCUGGUUCUGGGAUAAACAUGAAAUAAUAUAAACAAAAGCUCUUGGAAAUUGGUUCUUCUGCUUUAUCCUAGAAAUAAAGCAUUAUUUUGUUGUGAGUUCUGUUAACAGGAUUGUGAUGAACAAGAUCUGAUGUUUGUAUUUUAUUUUAUUUUUGGUUUUUGAAAGGUCUGUGUAAUAUUUUUCUUAAAAUGACCUGAAGUUGUGUUUCUUUUUCCCUUAAAAACUGAGGGAAAAGAUGGGAUGCUUCGCGACUUGCAUCAAUUGUAAAUUAUUUAUACAUAAAUUUACUGGUCAUUUGUGAUAUCUUUA